UCGAAAAGUGACGGACAGUUCCGUGGGGCUGAAAAAUUUCAGGACACCCAACAACGCUAUUGUUGCGAUUUUACUGCGGAAACAAAAGCUUUUCUGUGUGACUUGUUCAUACGUUUUUGAACGACUUGAUUUUUGUGGAAAUAUGCGUGAUGAUGUCUGAAGUCUAACGUGUGACUAAGAAACAAGAACGGAUUUAAAGGUAACGAUGCAGCCACACAAAAGGUUCGUGCCGCUCGCUGUUCUUUUGUUCUUGGUGGAUCACAUAUCGGCCUCAGUCACCCAUUACUCCAUACCAGAGGAAUUAAAAGAAGGAUCAGUUGUCGCAAAUCUCGCCACCGAUCUGAGUCUGGAUGUUAACACGCUGAAUGAAAGAAAAAUGCGUCUGGACAUCAUCGCCACCAAAAAAUACCUUGAUGUGAACAAAGAGACUGGUGAGCUGUUCAUCGCUGAAAAGAUCGACAGAGAAAACAUCUGUACUACAAAAUGGUCGGUGUCUUGCUAUUUAAAACUCGAGGUGACACUCGAAAAUCCAUUGCGUAUAUUUAACAUUGAACUUGAAAUUCUGGAUAUGAACGACAACGCCCCGCAGUUUCGGAGAGACGCCAUCCAUCUGGACAUAUCAGAGUCCACGUCAGCAGGAGAGAGAUUCUCUCUCAGUAACGCUGUGGAUCCUGAUGUUGGCAUUAAUUCCGUGAAAACGUACCAACUGAGCGAAAGUGAACAUUUUAAGAUCGAGGUUCAGACAGGAAGAGACGGCUCGAGGUUUGCAGAUUUGAUUCUGAAAAAGACUUUAGACCGGGAGCAGCAAGCUGUUCAUCAUUUAAUCCUCACAGCUGUAGAUGGAGGAACUCCCGCUCGUUCCGGUACUGCAAGUAUUAUAGUUCAUGUUUUAGACACAAAUGACAACGCACCGAAAUUUGACAAAGAAAUCUAUAAUAUUAAUAGUAUGGAAAAUUCUCCAAUCGGAAGCCUUGUUGUUAAUUUAAAUGCGACAGAUUUAGACGAAGGAUCAAAUUCUGAUAUUACAUAUUCAUACAGUCUGUACACAUCAGAGAAAACACAAGAAACAUUUUAUUUGAAUCCUUCAACAGGUGAGAUUACUGUUAAGGGAGUGUUAAAUUAUGAAGAUUACAAAAUUUAUGACAUGGAAGUUAUAGCAACAGACAAAGGAGCAAAUAGUUUAUCAGGACAAUGUACAUUAAAAUUCUAGUGGAAGACAUGAAUGACAACCACCCAGAAAUAUCAAUAAAAUCAUUCCACAGUCCAGUCAAUGAAAAUAUUGAUUUGAACACAGUGAUAGCUGUAGUUAGUGUGA